ACCUGCAGAUAGAGUGAGACAAGCACAGGUCAGCACCCUGCCUGCAGCACCUACCCCUGGGUGCUGGAGGUGGGUGGAGAGGGACCUGCCUGUGCCCAGCAAGGAGGAAACCUGACUCCUGGGAGCUGGAUCCCAAACAAACAGUGCUGCCGGCGCUGUAAAAAGUAAAUAGCAGAGGAGAUACAGCCAGAAAAUAGAAAAGGUCUUCUCCUCCGAGCCUGAGACACCACAGAGGUAAAUCCUAGCCUUGCCUGCAGUGACAGUGGAUCCCAGCAGGAGCUGAGAUGGCCACUGCACCAAAAGAGGCAGAAAAUGCUAUUGGCUUGGAGGAAAUCCACACAGAGAGAAAAGAGCCACCAAAAGGACAAAAGACAUUUACAGUGGAAGAAGCUGUGGAAACCAUUGGGUUUGGGAGGUUCCAUAUCAUGCUUUUCCUCAUCAUGGGCAGCACUGGGGUGGUUGAAGCCAUGGAGAUCAUGCUGAUAGCUGUUGUGUCCCCUCUCAUCCGAUGCGAGUGGCAGCUCCAAGACUGGCAGGUGGCUUUAGUGACGACAAUGGUGUUUUUUGGCUACAUGGUGUUCAGCCUAGUGCUUGGGCUCCUGGCUGACCGCUACGGCCGCUGGAAGAUCCUGCUGCUCUCCUUUCUCUGGGCAGCCUAUUUCUCCCUGCUGACCUCAUUUGCCCCGUCCUACGCCUGGUUUGUGUUCCUGCGGGCCAUGGUGGGAGGCGGCGUGUCGGGCCACGCGCAAGGACUUAUCAUAAAAACGGAAUUUUUGCCCACCAAAUAUCGGGGAUACAUGUUGCCCUUAUCUCAGGUGUUUUGGUUGGCAGGAUCCUUGCUGAUCAUUGGCCUGGCAUCAGUGGUGAACCCAACCAUCGGCUGGCGGUGGUUGAUCAGAAUUGCCUCCAUCCCUGGCAUCCUUCUCAUCCUGGUGUUCAAGUUCAUCCCGGAGUCGGCUCGGUACAACGUGUCCACAGGGAACGCGGGGGCUGCACUGGCCACACUGCAGAGGAUAGCCAGGAUCAACGGGGCGGCCGUGCCAGAGGGACACCUGAGGGAGCCUGCCCAGGAAAGAAGGGGAAGAUUCAAGGACCUCAUCCACCCCAAAUACCUCAGAACCACUUUGCAGAUAUGGAUCAUAUGCAUUUCUCCCCACAGGCUUGGCAUAGCUUUCGCUUAUUAUGGCGUUAUCUUGGCCAGUGCUGAGCUGCUGGAGCGGGACCCUGUGUGUGGCUCUGCAGCCCUAGCCCUGCAGGACUCCAGUGAUGACUCUGAGGAGAGCCACAGCCCCUGCCACUGCCACUUCUUUGGGCCUGCUGCCUACCAGAGCAUGAUCAUCAGCACAGCCGGAGAGAUCGCACUGAAUCCUGUGAACAUUCUCAGCAUCAAUCUCCUUGGAAGACGUCUAAGCCUGUGUAUCACCAUGGGAUGUACAGCUCUAUUCUUUCUUCUCCUUAAUAUCUGCACCUCAAGGGCAGGCAUGGUUGGCUUUCUCUUCAUGCUGCGUGCCUUGGUUUCAGCCAACUUCAACACCAUCUACAUUUACACAGCAGAGGUUUAUCCCACCACAAUGCGAGCACUGGGGAUGGGGACAAGUGGGGCAUUGUGCCGUGUGGGAGCAAUGGUGGCUCCUUUUAUAUCACAGGUUCUCAUGAGUGCUUCUUUCUUGGGAGCCCUGUGUCUCUUCUCCUCUGUGUGCAUCAUCUGUGCCAUCUCUGCAGUGACACUGCCCAUUGAGACCAAGGGCAGGGCCCUGCAGGUGGGUACCACACCCCAGGAGCUCCUGUGGCUCUAAAAGCUGUUGGGGACUUGUGAUGAUGCAGCCAGAAUGCAAGCCCAGCUCUCCUGAGGUUUCUCAAGCCUGACAGCCACUCACAGGAAUGUGCUGAAGGAAAAGCAGCUUGAACCACUGCCAUCCCAUUUGCCCAAAGCUUGCUUCUUGUGAAAGAACAAGCCAGGCUGCCUGCCCCAGCCACCUCAUGUCAGUAUGUGAGCUUCAGCUGGUGCAAGCCCCUCUUUACAUCUCUCUCCAAUCCGAACUUGAAGGUGCAGCUUCUCAGGCACAUGCUCUGCUCUACCGUUGCUGCAAGGAGAGAGGACAACAGAUGCACAGAGCACCUAAAGUACCAAAGUAAUUUCUUAAUCAAAUUCAAGGCCCCUUCAUCAGUCCAUCAGCUACACACUUGUAGUCAGUGUUCUCUAUAAAGCAAUUAGCCAAUACACUAAGCCCAAAGAUUAAGAGGGAAAGUUUAAAUGUGUAAGUCACACCAGUUAAUACAGAGGAGGUGGUGAGCAGUCCUGUGAUUCCAAUAAAUUCAACUAC